UUGCAUUCACUUUAUUUAUUUAUUUAUUUAAAGUGAUAAAUAAAUAAAGGUGGCACAGUGAGGCCAUAGCAUUGCUACCUCGCAGCUCCUGGGCCCCCUGGUUCGAUCCUAAGCUCGUGUUACGGUUUCUGCAAGAUUGGGCAUGUUUAGCCUGUGUCCCUGGGAUCUGUAGUUUCCUCCCACCUCCCAAAACCAGCUGGUGGGUGGAUUGGCUAUGCGAAAUUGUUCUGUGUUAAUGUGUGAAUUUGUGCAAGCAUGGUGCCUUGUGAUGGGACUGGCAUUCCUACAGUGCAUUCCCACAUCGUGUCCUGGAUAAACUCUGGAUCCAGGACACGUCCGUGCCUUUUGUCCGUGAGCAUGACAAAAGGGUUAUUGAAGAUGAAUGAAUGAAUUAGCAGCAUUUUCUUGCGUUGCCAGUACGUUUUGAUUCUACCGUAUCUGGUCAGGCCUAAAGUCUUAAUAAUUUGAUCUAAAAAUCUUUUAGAAUAUGAAAUAGCUUGGUUAAGGAUGAGCACUGUGUGUCUGAGUAUAAAUUUGCAGCUGUGAGCUUUGAGCAGGUGCAGAUGUUGCAUCAAACUUAAUAAAGCAUCAAUUUGGACAUAAUUUGUACACUACUGUUAAGGAGUCCAAAAUAGCAAGCAAUUCUUUCCCUCUGUACAUGAGUCAAAUGUGGGCACAAUACAACGUGCUUCAUUUAAUUGCAAAGGUAUUAGAAGCGUGAAGUCCGACACGAUGUACCGGUCAUAAACGACAGACAAAGCUGAUUGGUUGAGGGGACUAGCACCAGUGUUUGAUUGAUGCACCCUGUCGGGGAGGGGCGGAGUCAGUGACCCGAAGAGCAACGGAAGCCCAUGAAAUGUGCACAGAAAGUGAAUCCAAGCUGGUCAGUCUCUGUGUGUGCACUAUAAGCCAUGCUUUUACAGAGGAACCACAAAGCAUGCUUUGCUAAUAAACCAUGCUAUAGAACUCAUUUAUGUGGUCUUAAUUAACUUGUUUUUUUUUCAUUUAAUGAAGCCGUUUUGGUCUAAUUUUGAGUUGUUUAAAUGGAAUAAAUCCUGAGAAUAAAUCCUGGGGAAAUCCGUUUGUCUUCUCAUUGUUACUGAGGUAAUUUAACCUUAAAAAGGGCCAGCUCAUUCCGGCUAGCUAUUGGCCAAAGGUGACAUCAUGAUCAAAAGCCCCGCCCCCAUCCAUCCCCGCAACGCGCACAAACACUGCACGCGGACACGCGGCAUAAACAAAGCAAGGCUCUUUCAUGGUGUCGGAUCUGCCGCAGAAGACCAGGUGGUUCUGCAUUAAUUUUCCCCUCCAUCAUUAUCGAGAACACAAACCUAGCAGAGAUCUGUAGUCUUUAUCUUUAUAUUUUUAGUGGCGUAUAUCUGAAAAAUUAAGUAGCGCACGCACUUCACAAAAGGCGCUUCUGUGUUACUGUAAUGAAGCUGCUAUGAACAAUAAAAGCGUUAGAAUGAUGAUUAAUAAUCACAAAAACGAAUUGCGACAUUUUAAAGAGCACUGCGUCACAAGCAAAACUUUUUUUUUAAUGAUCCCUCGCCUUUCAGUGCAGCGAGACAGAAACACCGCACCAUCAAUACCCACCAAACCCGCCUAUGCCCGGUCUGAACCGGUUCGGGGGAAGCGCGCGCUCCCGUCACGCCCCCUCCUGUCACGCGCCAAAACACAGAAGCGCGCGACCUACGCCAGUGUCCACAUCCUCAUUGGCUUACUGCAAUACUCGAGCCUCCGCACACGCUGUGUUUUAAUUGGCUGCCGGUCUCCUCCUGCUGACGACGACAACGUUGUUAUUGGUCAGCGGCGGAGCAAGUGCUCGAUUCUCAUUGGCUGCGUGUUUUUUCUUUACAAACGCGAGGACGAGAGUUGUAAACGAAACGCGUGCUGGAACAAAAUUGCAGGGUGGAAAAUAAAGCGUGCGUCUUUUCCGAUCUCUUCAGCACCGCGGCCUGGGUCAAGCCUGGUUACUGCUUGGCAUUACCGCCUUUCAGUCCACCAGUGAGACUAGGGAGCCGAUGAUCCGCCUUCUCUCCAUCACUGCGUCUGUUCUCCACCAUUUUGUUGAAGUUUUCAGCCAUACCGCUAGCGCGUGAGUGUAGAGUGUAGUGAGCCCCGGCGUGGAGGCUUUUGUUUGCUCCGUGACAGGGCAGUUAAACGGUGCCCUCUUUCGGAGCUCUCGCUCGGUCACCUCAGAGCAGAGCGCAGCCUUUCUCGGUUUCUCAUCUCAGAUUUGAGAUUUGGCUGCCUCGUUUGUGUAUCUCGCGGGGAUCCUGGAUCGGGUGAGAAGGGAGAAACUGGCAGUCGGUGGGGAAAAAAACGAAUAACAGAAGGCGCUAAGUUAAGUUAGCUCCGCGGCUGCGCCCCCAUUGUUUUGAGUCCCGUCUCCACCCGAGCCUGAAUCCCGCGCGCUCUUCUAUCCAUCACCAGAGAAGCCUUUCUUUCUUUCUUUUAGUGUUCAGUCGGUUUUAUUUCGAUAUUAAAAAUGUGUUCUCGGGUGUGGUUUGUAACCGACCGGCGCAUUAGCCAGGAGUAUCCUCAAGUUCAGAUCCUGCGCGCUCUGAAGGAGCGAUGCUCCGAAGACGACGUUGAUUUCCGCUAUCUCUUAAUGGAUGAGAUCGUUAUAACCAUCAUGGACGGACAGCUGGGUCUACGAGUGGGGCAGGAGGUGGUGACGUCGUACCCGCAGGUGGCUGUGGUGCGUGUUCCUACUCCGUGGGUGCAGUCGGACAGUGACAUCACCGUUCUGAGGCAUCUGGAGAAGAUGGGUUGCCGUCUGGUCAACCGGCCCCAGGCCAUCCUUAACUGUGUCAACAAGUUCUGGACCUUCCAGGAGCUUGCUGGACAUGGAGUCCCACUGCCUGAUACUUACUCCUACGGUGGCCAUGACAACUUCCGUAAGAUGAUUGAUGAGGCAGAGCCGUUGGGUUACCCGGUUGUGGUGAAAAAUGCUCGUGGACACCGAGGUAAGGCGGUGUUUCUGGCACGGGAUAAGCACCACCUCUCUGACUUGUGCCACCUAAUCCGGCACGAUGCUCCGUACCUAUUCCAGGAGUACGUGAAGGAAAGCCAUGGGCGAGACGUGCGUGUGGUGCUCGUGGGCGGCAGAGUGAUCGGCUCUAUGCUGCGCUGCUCAACAGACGGACGCAUGCAGAGCAACUGCUCCCUCGGUGGCGUGGGUGUGAUGUGCCCUCUGAGCGAGCAGGGCAAGCAGCUGGCUGUGCAGGUGUCCAACAUCCUGGGCAUGGACGUGUGCGGUAUCGACCUGCUGCAGUUGAACGAGGGCUCGUUCGUAGUUUGUGAGGCUAACGCCAAUGUAGGCUUUAUUGCAUUUGACCAGGCGUGCGGCAUGGACGUGGCCGGUAUCGUGGCAGACUACGCCCUGUCGCUUCUGCCCAGCCGCCUCAGCCGCAAGAUGUCCCUGCUCUCCGUGGUUUCCAGUGCCAGCGAGACCAGCAGUGAGCCUGAAGUGUGUAUCCCCCCAGAGGCAUGCGCACCUGUCCCACCCUGCACCAUCCCCGACGCCAUCCCUGACGGCGUCAGCACCAUGAGCACCAGCUCCACCUCGAGUGAGAGUGAGGCGGAGCUUGCCGAGAUGAGCCACCCCCAGAGUGUUCCCGACCCCGCGUACAACAUCAACUCCCUCCUCGCAAAGGAGAUUAAACUGUUGACUGAGUGAGCUGAAGAGAAAAUGGCAACCACCAUGCACAAACGUGCUCAUACACACACCGUACAUACAUAUGCAUACACAUACAGUACAUGUACACAUGCAAGUAAGCAUACAGUGGUCAAAUGCGUACACACACACACACACACACACACACACACACACACACACACACACACAUUUGUGUUUUUGUACUAACCUAUCCUGUAAAACCUGAUGAUGAUCUGAGGCUGCUCCCCUGACAGGGACUGCAAUAGUGCAGUGUACACUCUGACCGAGCUUUAGUACAGGCGUGCAAACAGUGAGUGAGUGAUUGCCACUGUAUUUCAGGGUGCAUUGUACUGGAGAGUGGUUUUAGAUUGGGAAAGAUUUGAAAACACACACGCACGAAACCCCCCCAAACCCCCCUCCCCCAAGCUAUAGUGAAAGCCCAACACUAUUGGAAGGCUUCUCGAGCAUGCAGUGCAGUGUGAUGCAUCAAUUUAACAUGAAGGAAGAUAUCCCUAAUCCGUUAGUUUAUGUGCGCUCCGAAUGGGUGUGUUUUCACCGUCCCAAACACACACGCACAGACAUUCACACAUCAGCAUGAACACAUGUAAAGAAGGACUGGAAACGCUGUACAUAUUCUCUUCCCAUUGCAGUGGACUGGUACACAGUUGUACAAAGUAAUGCGUUCACUGUUUUUAGCUUCAGCGCUUGUCUAGUAAUAAUUUAAAAAAAUAAAACGUCUUGUCACACAAGCACAGGUGUCAAUUUAGGUAAUUAAGAUUUGACUCUUAAUUACCGACCUGGAACAAGCCUUAAGUUUUUCUAUUUUAGCUGUUCGAUAUAGAAGGUGGGUAGAAAUCGGACCAGGUGCUAUAUCAGCACUUGGAUACACCAACACUUUGGCAGUUCACUUAUUUUUGAACUCAUUUAAUGGGUAUCAGGAUGACUGACUUUGUACUGUCUCCUUACAGUAUGCAGAAAGCAAAGUAGAUUGUAGAAGAUAACACCUAAAUUGAAAAUGUUUAACUGGCCCUUUAAGAAGAGCAUCCUCCCCACCCCUCCCCAAUUCAGUGGCUCUAUGGGACAGCAUGGGUAACGAGGCAGCCAUUUUAGAGUACUAUUCCCCGUUUUACACAGGAGUGUUGGAACCAGUCAGGGAGCGGCUGCAUUGACGGACUGUGUGUUUUAAAAUGUACCGCAAAUUCUCUCCAAGUUCACUCUCUCGUCUAGUCGAUACCUGUACAGACAUGCAUGUGCAGUAUGCACCACUCCCUAUGUUUACUUCACCCCUUCUGACCUUUAGCAUCUGAGUAGUGAGCUACAUAGAACAAGUAUUAUGUAUGAUGAAUGCUUAUUAGGCUUAUGUGUACUGCACCGUAUGACCACUUUUUUUUGCCAACACUAAAAUCUUAAAAGCUGUUUGAAAUUUCUUUGUACGACAUCAACAAUAAAAUGAACUAUCAACUGAAAUGGGUCCAACCCAGUGGUGUACAGACUGGUGCUUUGGUAAAGCUGGAAAUGUCCUCCUCGUCUGCGUUUUUUGGAAGCAAUUCUCUGAAUUCAGAUCCCAUUUUUUACUGUUUACCUCAAGAGUUCAACUUCACACUGAGUCUUAGCGUUUAACUCGUUUAAAAUACGGACCAAACUCCUAGUCUGAACUCGGAUCACGGUUUAUGUUUACAUGUCAGAAUACGGACGAAGUCGUUUACAUUUACACAACAGUCAAAAUCCUGAUGAAUUCGAAACAUUUCAAACUUGAAGUAGAAUUUUUGUUGUAGUAAACAUUUUGAGGUUGAUUUAAACUCAGGGAAGCAGCCUGGAUCAAAUUCCUCCCCUGACCCAUCCGAAAACAGAUCUGCUUUUAGUGUGUAUGAACCUACAACUAAAGAAAUGCUUGUACCAUUAAUGUAAUCAUUUACUUUUUCUUUUUGUUUAUUUUGGCUUGUUUUCUAUUGUUAAGUGUUUUCAUGGUUCUUUUUUUUUAUGAUAAAACUGGUUUGUGUGCACUAAUCUCUGACUGGUGGUGAGCUUUAGUGGAUUGCUUCAACAAAGCCAUCUAACAGCUGAAACACACACACACACACUCACACACCCCUCUCUCCCCAUCCUCCAUGUAGUGAUUUGCUGUACCACGUGUGAUGUGUUUCAUCAUCCAUCAGCGGACCGAACGGUAAUUAAGCGACCGGACAUACUCGCUCAUUCCGUCUGCCAUGCGAGCCAAUAACAUGAGCAGGAGAGCUCCUUUAGCUUUUUAUUGUUUUUGUUUAAAAACCUGUCUGAUUCCAAACCAAUACAUGUGAUUAAAGGGAGUGGCAAGACUUUAGAGAUGAUCUAGUAUUAAGUAAACAUGAUCAGAGAAAUGUUGUGAUAUGAAAAGGACAGAGGAAUUUGGUGCAAUAAUUUAUUUGCCAAACCCAAGCAAGCACUAUAUUUUGGUA